AUGCUUAAAGCAUUAGGACUGCUGGGUCAAUGUGAAUACGAAUAUAAAAGGUAUCAUCUGGAUCUCCUCAUUGGACUCCUGCUACAACAAAGCUCACAACCUCAACUGGAAUUGGAAUCAGACGGAGAAGGAUCAUCAGUGACCAGUUCGAUACCUACUUCAUUUUCAAGUUCAAGCCGUGUCUCACCGAUCUCGACAGACAGUGAUAUAGAGGAACUGAAAGCUAAACAGAAUACAUCACCUUAUUUCAAUAAAUCGGGAGAUAUGAAAACUAGAAGUCAAAAUGAAAGCCAACACCUCCCCAGGGGGAUGAUCACUCCUCAUACCACGCCAAUCAUCUCAACCCGAUCCAGCAAACGCAAAGGAAAGGGAAAAGAAACAUCUGCAGCUGGAAGAAAGGACAAAGGAAAUGGGCUUAGACCACCUACACCGGAGAGUAUACCCAGUAAGAAGCGUAAGAGAGUAACGAAAGAAGUGAGGGUGGAGAUCCCUUCGAAAGUGGAAGUGGAGCUAAAAACAUCGAAGCGAAAGAAGAAGAAGAAGAAGAAGAAAGAGAAAGAUGAGACGGACUUGAAAGGUACUGCCAAAUUAGAUAAUGAAGAAGACAGGGAGGAAGAGGUGAUGGUUGAGUCUGAAAGAGGGGUGGUAGAGCAUAUCGGGAAGAUACAUUUGAUACAAGAGAAACUACGAUACAACCCUUGGAAGAUGUUAAUCGCUACAUCUCUUUUAAACAAGACUUCCGGUCGGGCUGUUAAACCCAUCUUAGAAGAAUUGCUGGACAGGUAUCCCACUCCGCAGAACCUGGCUGAAGCUUCCAUAUCCGAUUUAGCUCAAUUACUCUACCCCUUGGGACUAUACAAUCAACGCGCCUCAUCGCUUGUAAGGUUCUCAAGACAAUACCUUGAUUUAGGAUGGCCUUUAUUUCCUAUCACCUCCAUACCGAUAUAUACGGAGGAUAUACCGCCGUUGAACAAAAUCAACACCAAAACAGGACGAGAAACCAACUUGAUUGACAAUUUAAAUUUAGACUUGGAUUUGGAUGUGAAAGUGUUUCAUGGAUCGGGGAUAUACGCUUCAGAUAGUUUUCGGAUAUUCAGUCAAUUCCAUUCUGGACAGGGUGCUCCGUCACAGGAAUCCAAAUGGAUAAGUAAAGUCGAGAGAGCAAAGGAUAGGAUGAGGAACGAAGGAGGAUGGAAUGGGAGUGUGGAUAUGUUGAGUGAUUAUUUAAGUGAUGAUGAUGAGCCAGAGAAAGAAGAAGAAGAACAAGACCAAGAAGAAUGGAGGAAAGUCGUUCCACUUGAUAAGGAAUUGAGAAGAUAUCUUAUAUGGAGAUGGGGUAUAGAGGGUAUCAUCUACGAUAUACAUACCGGACCUAGAAUUGUCAAACAAAGAGAUAAGAGGAGACUGAAGUAUCUAUUGAAGGAGAACGACCUGGAAAAUUCUUGA